CUUCGGCGCCUGCGCGGUGGUGGGGAGUGGGCGUGGCGACGGAGAGGGGGUGCGGGAGCCCGGUGGCGAUGCCCUCAGUCCGCCGGGGAGGCUGGUCGUGUGCGGAGCUGAGGCGGCCGCCGGUCCUCACCGCCACUACCACCACCACCACCACCAUCAUCAUGUCGGCCGCCUUCUACCUCUUCUCCACGCUCGGCGGCUACCUCCUGACCUCGGCGGUGCUGCUGAAAUACCCGGGCUUGCUCCACCGACCCAAGCGACACCGGUUCCGAUGCCGGCACAUCUCCCACCGCGGCGGUGCUGGAGAGAAUUUGGAAAACACCAUGGCCGCCUUUCGCCAUGCCGUUAGCGUGGGCACCGAUAUGCUGGAGCUUGACUGCCACAUGACGAAGGACGAACAAGUUGUGGUCUCCCACGACGAGAACCUGAAACGGUCGACGGGGAUCAACGUCAAUAUCUCCGACCUCAAGUACUCUGAACUCCCACCGUAUCUCUGCCGGUUGGAUGUAAGUUUCCAGAAAGAGUGCCACUGUGAGGGCGAAGACAAGCGCAUCCCGCUCCUUAAGGAGGUGUUCGAAGCCUUUCCCCACACCCCCGUCAACAUCGACAUCAAAGUGAACAACGACACGCUGAUUAAGAAGGUUUCAGAGUUGGUGACCUGCUACAAGCGGGAGCAUUUAACAGUCUGGGGCAGCGUCAGUCACGAAGUUGUGGACAAGUGUCACAAAGAANAUGACCGCAUCCCCAUCCUCUUCUGUUUGCGGCGGGUCCUUCUCCUCCUCGGCCUCUUUUACACCGGCUUGCUUCCCUUCUUCCCCAUCCUGGAGGAGUUCCUAGAGAUUCCGAUGCCGUCCAUCAUCCUCAAGCUGAAGGAACCUGAGAAAAUCUCAAGGGGUCAACGGUUUACCAUCUGGCUGACCGACACGCUGUUAAUGAGGAAAGCCUUGUUUGAUCACCUCACGGCUCGAGGAAUACAGGUUUAUAUCUGGGUCUUGAACGAAGAGGAGGAAUUCAAGCGCGCCUUUGAUUUGGGGGCCACCGGCGUCAUGACAGACUAUCCCACGAAGCUGAAGGACUUUUUACACGCCUACCCGGCGUAACAGGAAGCACCGGAGCGCUCCUGUCGAUCCCGGGAGGCGCAAAUGGACAUUGAUCAGGACAAAGCAGCCAGAUGUCUUGAUUUUGACUGACUCAGCGAGGGUGGUCUCAACCGGCUGGGUUCUCUUACCUCAUUCUUCAGUCAUGACACUUCUAGCGAUUGUAUACAGCUCUAUUUAUUUACAAUUUUCAGUGGUCUAGUUUACUUUUCCUUUUGUAAAUAUCUUGGGUGAGCGGGGUCGUACCUGACCUUUGACAAGCCCGGCUCUAGGAGGAGACCUGCCAAGACAGAUGACUUGUAGCAGCCCUAGCGAUGACUUAAAUGUAACUAUUGCACCAUUUUUCAUAGCUAGGAUUUCACCCGAUUUGCACGCGGAAAACAUUCCAGCAAGGCACUGCUUCCCUUUUUU